AUGGAAACUUUAUUAAGUGAUAGCAAAAAAGAAGCAUUAGAAGAUUUGCAUGCUGAAAAAAAUAGAGAGAUAGCAGAGUUAAGAGAAAGUUUGAAUUUAGCUAACCAAAAGAAUAGUCGUUUAGAAAACAAAUUAGAGGUUAGAACUGAACAAAGAGAUCGUGCUAUAAAAUAUAUUUAG